CACAGCGCGGGCUUUUAAAGGGACCGUUUCCACCGCAGCCGGUUUCCUGGUGGGGACUGCUCACGGUAAAGGCCGGGUAGCCCAGAGAGUCGGGAUCGAGGUGGUAGAGGAGAGGCAGGUCUGUGAUCCCCCACCCCCGGAAGUGGUAAGGGACAGAUCCUUUAAGGAGGAGUUGUGCCAUUACUGUUCCCGGGCAAUAAUGGGAUGACGGUGGCCAGGAGCAAGAGGGCGAGGGGUUAGGGAACUGCCCUUCCGAGUGGGGAGCUGGGGCUCUGGGAGAGGGAGAGGGAGAGGGACAGGGACAGGGACAGGGCAGUUAGGAGGGAUCACAGGUCCGGCUUGGGACAGCUACGCCUCCCGCCCUUGCGCUCCGCGCUCAGCAUUCCUACCUGCUGGGGUGCUCAGUCAUGGCCAGACCUGCGCACGGCUCGGUCAUUGUCCCAGACUGGCACGAGACAGCCGAGGGCAAGGAGUACCUUGCCUGCAUCCUGCGCAAGAACCGCCGGCGGGUGUUUGAGCCAGGAAUGCGGAAACAGCUGAAACCCUGCCCGCAACUGCUGACACCAGAGAUACUGGUGACCGAAACCUCACUUGGUGGUGGGCCCUCCGCCGGGCACUGGACACAGCGGCGGCAUUUCACUUCUCAGCAGCACUGUAGAGGCCCCGCUCUAGGCUGCUUGAGCGGCCACUGCUGUCUCCGCCUGUGGCCAUUGACACGGCCAGCUACAAGAUCUUUGUGUCUGGGAAGAGUGGCGUGGGGAAGACAGCGCUGGUGGCCAAGCUGGCUGGACUGGAGGUGCCCACGGUGCACCACGAGACCCCUGGCAUCCAGACCACUGUGGUGUUCUGGCCAGCCAAGCUGCAGGCCAGCAACCGGGUCGUCAUGUUCCGCUUUGAGUUCUGGGACUGCGGGGAGUCUGCACUCAAAAAGUUUGACCACAUGUUGCCGAUUUGACCAGUACAUGCACACGGACGUGCCUGAGCGGGACCUCACCACCUUCCGGCAGGCGUGGGAGCUGCCCCUGCUGCGGGUGAAGAGCGUGCCGGGCCGGCGGCUGGCGGAUGGGCGCACGCUGGAUGGCCGGGCUGGGCUGGUAGACGUUGCCCAUGUGCUCAAUGGCCUCGCAGAGCAGCUGUGGCACCAGGACCAAGUGGCAGCUGGCCUGCUUCCCACCCCCACAGAGAAGACCCCUGGCUGAGAGGGGGCGGCAUCAUGAGUGGCACCUGUGGCUUGCACACCCAACCCUCGGGUGGCCUAGGACAGAGGGAAGGACCUUCAGCCUGAGUGGGGCAGGCAUAUGGGCCCUAUCCUGAGACCUGGCGGGCAAGAGUCCCCACCCCAGAAGCACCUUCCUGAAGGAACACAUGACAGCAAGGUGGGGGCACAGGGCCCCGGAAUUCAGAUGUUUCCCGACCUCCCCCUGUCACACCCAUGGAGGCUGAUGGGGGCUCAGCAGCGUCCUGGAUCUCAGGCAACUUUGACCAAACCUUAUUAGUUGAGGUGACACCAUCUGUUCUAGCAGAUAAACCCCAGAAUCCCAGUGGCCCA